AGGAGGAGUUUUAGUUCUGCUUUGCAGAGGGUGCUCUUUUGAGCAAGAAAAUCAACAACAUGGCCAUGACCUUGGGUUACUGGGACAUCAGAGGGCUGGCUCAUGCCAUCCGCCUGCUCCUGGAAUACACAGACUCACACUACGAGGAGAAGAUGUACAGCAUGGGCGAUGCUCCUGACUAUGACAGAAGCCAGUGGCUGAAUGAAAAAUUCAAGCUGGGCCUGGACUUCCCCAAUCUGCCCUACUUAAUUGACGGGGCUCACAAGCUCACCCAGAGCAACGCUAUCCUACGCUACAUCGCCCGCAAGCACAACCUGUCUGGGGAGACAGAAGAGGAGAAGAUUCGCGUGGACAUUCUGGAGAAUCAAGCCAUGGACACUGCUAACCAGCUGGCCAGGGUGUGCUACAGCCCUGACUUUGAGAAACUGAAGCCUGAGUACCUGAAAGGACUCCCUGAGACGGUGAAGCAGUACUCCCAGUUUUUGGGGAAGAGGCCUUGGUUUGUGGGAGACAAGAUCACCUAUGUGGAUUUCCUGACUUAUGAUGUCCUUGACCUGCACCGCAUCUUCGAGCCUGCGUGUCUGGAUGCGUUCCCAAACCUGAAGGACUUUAUGACCCGCUUUGAGGGCCUGCCGAAGGUCUCUGCCUAUAUGAAGUCCAGCCGCUUCCUCCCGCAUCCUGUGUACACGAAGAUCGCUGUAUGGGGCAACAAAUAGGCCCUGGAAGACCAGAGAUGGGACAAAGAGCCCUUUCUGUGGAGCUGCUGCUGGCUUUGAAUGCGUCUUCACCCCUGAGCCAGAUGGAUAUCUGCCCUCAAGUGUCCCCAGCAAGGCCACAUUAGGCCUUUCCUUCCCCAUCCCACUAAUCCUGCAGACCAUUUAAAGCUCUACACACACCACGUUUCAUUGGUGGCUUUCCAUACUGAAGGCAGCCAGACCAUCCUUCCUUCAGUGGUCUCUUUGCCUGGUGGCGUCCACCUGAGCUCCCAGCUCUGCCCUGAAGACCAGUAUUGACCUGUGUGCAGGCACUGCUUUCCCUGCGUGGAGUCCGCCCAUCCCUGACUGAGCCCCAGUAAUUGCUUAAUCACACCUGCUUUGUCUUGUCUUAUUCCCUCCGGACCUCCCGGCCUCUGCAGCUUCCAAGGGGCUGACUGGGGAGCCUGGCAGUGCCUGGGGCAGGGGCUGUGGCUGGUAGCAGGCAGCUGAGACUGUUCCUGUCUGCCCCUCGGGCAGGACUCUCUUUGGAAGGGAGGCCCCUUCCUGAGCCUUCCCUGCCCUCACUUAUAUGCAGCCGCCUUGGACUGGCUGCUGGGAACAAGGGUGGGAGCUGAACGCCAGGUGGGGCUACACCACAGGGCAGGCAGGUGGGCCUGGGAGACCCACGGAGAAGGCCUUCUUGCUUCUAGCCUUUGCAGUUGCACCAGAGACUUGGAGGACUUGUGGAGACACCUGGAGGAAACACAUGUAGAGACACUUGGAAGAGGGACACAGGGGUGAGGGGCACAUGGGGAGCCUGAUGGUGGCAGCUGUGUUUUUGAUUUGGCUUUGAUUUUGCUCCUUUAUGCCAGACUUACCUGGCUCCUUGUGCUCCGUUUCUGUGGUUCCCACCAGAAGGUGCUUUAGACUAGGCCCCACUUUGGGCCAGCCCUGUUGUCUUGACAUUUACCCACAACAGCAUGGGUAACUUGGGAUGUUUUAUUUGGAAUAUUCUUAACUCCUCUCUCUUUUUACACUAAUCUGAUUAAAGUUCUUUUACAUUAUGGUUGUCUUUUCUGCAUGGAUGGCUAGCCCUUUUAGAGCAUGCAAGUUUUGGGGUUGCUGGUUACCCCUCACUCUGCAUGUUUGCCCCCUUCACAGCAUGCACGAGCUUCUCACCUCAGGUCUCCACCUUUGUCCACUGCGACCUUAAUUCCCACUGCAGACUGAGAUGCUGAGGAAGAUUCUAGUAGCUCAGGAUUCCCUUACUGUGUUUCUAUACUUGUUAUUAAUACGGAUCUGGUAGCAAGCCAGAUACACCUGGGAGAAAUUAAUGAAAAAGGACACUAUUCCUUAUUUUUAACUUGGCAGGCUGAGCUCCCAGUGCCUGAGGGAAUCUGCAGCCCCUGGGUGAGACUGAGCACUGUCUAGAGGAAAAGGAGGGAAGAAAGUUUUGUUUUUUGUGACUCAAGCCUGU